AUGAGGACAGACAGUUCCUGUAAAAAGAGCCCUCAGGAUAUUUGUAAACCAGAAAAGAUGUCCAAGCCCUUCAAGGAUAUUUCCAAGUACUUCUCAGAGGAAGAAUGGGAAAGGCUGACCAAAUGGCAGAAAAGUGCCUACGUGUUUAUGAAAAGAAACUACAUCAGAAUGACAAGCCUAGGGGUCACAGUUAACCAACCAGUUUUUAUGCGUGAAAAGGAACAAAUCACAGAAUCUCUAAUGAAAGAAUCUGAUGAAGAUCAUGGCCAGGAAAGAGUCAGUGGAAGGCAAGUGAGCAUCUGGAGCCACAGAUUAAGGGAAAGGAAAACACCAGUGAUAUAUGAAGAGAUCAGUGACGAUGAUGAAGAAGAAGAAGAAGAGCCACGAACAAUCUCUAUUUCCAUGGAGAGCAAGGAUCAAGCUAUGGAAUCCCUGAUCAAGAAAUCUGAUGAAGGCCUUCUCCAUGAGAGUAAAGAUGACCGUUCUGAAGGCAAGGCAGAAGGAAAAUGCCUGAAGGUACAGAAAUGGCUGGCAGGGGACGAUAAGCCCAAAGGACUGCCAGGUACAGCAUGUGGCUCAGGCCAACCUUGGAAGAAUCUGCUCCCCCUUGGCAAGCCAUCCCACUGUGAGAAGCACAGCAAGAAGUCAUCAGGAUCCAAGAAGAACUAUGAGGGUAUGAGGAGCCACGGGGUGCCAGAGAGUAAGCAUCUCCUAACCCAGGAGGAGAUCAGUGAACCCGAAGAAGAUGAUUGA